GGUCGAUCAAAACGGUACGGUCUCAAGCUUAGCAACUUAUCCUCUAUUUGAAAUAAAUUAUUUAUUUACUGGAUCACUAGAACGUAAACAUAAAUAUUUUUUAUUUUAAAUACCUGUGAUUUACCACGUGUAUAAUUGCUGAAGUAUGGCGCGUGCAGUUUUUUGCAUGGCCAUCGCUUGCAUUUUAGUGCAAUGCGCAAUAUCUGUCAAAUUAGAUUCAGAAAAUCGUCGUCUCAUUCUUGACAUUAAAGAUCAAAAGACGACCAAUAAGCAAUAUUAUUCUUCCAACUUCGAUACCAAUAAUGGUAAAUAUGAAGAUGGAAGAUAUAAAGGCAUUCAAGAGGGUAAAUAUUAUCAUGAUAAUUCUGGUAAAUAUGUUCACAUUGAAGGACCAACUGGACCACCUGCACCACCAUAUGUGCACGUAACUGGCCCCAAUGGAGGUUAUGGCGGUAAUGGCGGCAAGGGCGGUGAAGGCGGACGCGGUGAUGGCGGCGGCAAAGGCCCCGGCGGUCCAGGCGGACCUAAGGGACCCGGCGGCCCUAAAGGACCUGGUGGACCAAAGGGACCUCCCGGACCACCUGGACCCCCAGGCCCACCCGGACCUGAUGGACCAACCAAACCAGGACCCGGUGGCCCAUACGGACCUCCCGGCCCACCCGGACCACUAGGCCCAACCAGACCAGGACCACCCGGCCCACCAGGACCCCCAGGCCCAACCAGACCUGGCCCACCAGGACCUCCAGGCCCCACCAGACCUGGCCCACCAGGACCACCAGGCCCAUACAGACCCGGCCCACCCGGUCCCACCCGUCCCGGCCCACCAGGACCUCCCGGAAAACAACCCCCACCACCACCCAACGGCGGUGACAGAGGCUAUCUACCACCCAAAAAAGAUGAUCCCAGGGAAUCGACAUACCAGAACAAUGGCUACUUGCCACCAAAGGGUAACAAUCCACCAACUAGUAAUAAGUUCGAAUCAUACUCUCUAAGCAUCAAUCCACCAACACCACCAGCCUCGGUCAACAAACCGACCGCUUUUGUGUCCAAUUAUACGGUGAACAGUAAUGAUGGUGCACAAAAGAAGGUCACAACCACAUCCACCACAUAUACCACUACCACCAAUAGCAAUAGUAAUAGUAAUAGCAAUACCAAUACCAAUACCUAUACCAAUAGUAAUAAGUCAAAUCAAUACAAUAGCAACAACAACAAUCAAAAGAAUCAAAAUAAUUAUGAUGAGAAAACGUUUGAUCAAGUACUAACCUAUAUUCCCCCUUCUUCUUCCACUCCCACUCCCACAUCCUCCUACCACAACCAACAACAACAACACAAAAUCACGACUACCACUACCACAACGAACCAAAACGCCAACAACAACAAUAACAACAACAAAAACACCUACAAUAUUAUUGGCAACUCAAAGGUCCCGGACGUCGCAACUGAAAAGGACAAGUACUUUAAGACCCAUACAACUACAACGACGACGACAACAACAACAAAUCAAAAUGGUAAUAAUAACAACUACAAAAUACCAACAACAGGUUUGAAUAUUGACAAGACCACAACAACCACAUACGGCACGAAUACUAACAAGGACCGUGACAGUAAGGUGACCGUGACAACAAGCACUAACAACUACAAUAGCAACAACAACAACAAAGUUACCAGUGGCUAUUUGCCGCCACAAACGGCUGGCUAUGAAAAGGUGGUUAGCACCACCUCAGGUGGCGGUGGAGGCGGCGGAGGCGCUAGUGGUUUUGGUGGUGGCAACAAAAUCACCACCACAACCACCACGACCACCUCCGGCAAUACCUUUGGCGGUCAACCCUUCCAAAAGGUAACCGAAAAAGUCACCGGUAACUAUGUUAGCAACAAUGCCUUCAUAAAUCGCACACCCGAACAAAAGUUCCAAACACAAACCCAAACCCAGACCUACACGCCCACGGUGACCGUUAGCAAGACACCAUCCACACAGACACAGGUAACCCAAAACAAACAGACCAUCACCAAGACCACAACCACCAAGACACAACAGACAGGUACCGCAUAUCAGCAACAGCCACAGAAUGUAACAUUCCAUCCCACUCUUUCCCAGACAACAACAACAACAACUGCGAACAAUUGUGCCUGCCAAGCUGACAAGGCUCAUUCAUCGACAUCCUUCAACUCCAAUAGCAAUCCAAGCAGUUCCUCCUUUAACUCCUUCAACGCCAAUCAAUUCCAACAACAAUUCACGACCGGAAGCGGCUUUGCUGGUCAGGCUCACUUUGGCAACAUAAUGAACUCGAUGGCUUUUCUGCAACAAAUUCCCGUUGUGCCUCAAGUGCCCGGUUAUCCGGCCUUCUAUGCGCCCGACAAAAUUCCCAAGGGUGCCAUUAUUGCAUUUAUGCCCGUAGUCAUUUUGCCCGAAGCGGCCUAUGCCAAUUGCCAAGAGAAUUUGAACAAUAAGCAACAGCAACAACAACAUGCAUUUGAUCCCUUGCCCCUGGGUGUACAACCUGCCCCCUUCCCCUACGGUUCUAGUUUGAAUUCGAUAUUCCCCGGUGGCGGUAGUGGCCGCAAAGAUCAGUGUAUGUGUCCCUGUUCGUGUACACAAAAUAUACCCGAUCACAGUCACAAGAAACGUGAAACCGAUACCAAUACCGACACCGCUGCCGCACCGGAAGACGAAGCUACAACCGUAGAAGAAGCUGCUGGUUCAAAUGCCGAAGCGAGCAAUGUUGUCAAGGAGGUAGAAGAAGUCCCGGCCUUAGUUGUUGAAAAGGAUCUGAAACAAUCGGACGAGGUACAAUCUGUAACAAACAACGGCGACGACCAGAGAGUUGCAACAGAGACAAAAACUAACGAUACGACAGAAAGCGAAACGACCAAUUAAAUCUAGCGCUAGCAUAGCUGCUGAAGACGAUAACACACGACGUUUGAGUAAGGAUUUCCCCCCCCAACGAACUCCCAUCCCAAUCCCGUCCUGUUCCCGUUUUCCUGUCCAGUAUCCCACUCCCAUGGCCCAGAUGUGUCUCGCCCUAAAUGCAACCAAUCCCAGCCCGUACAGAUCCUGUAUCCCCCACAUCCUGAUCCUGUUCCUGAUCCUCCCAUUCCUACCUCCUCCCACAAUCCCAGAGUUCCUGUUCUACUAACUCGAAUGCAAACACAUUUGUUUAAUUUUUAAUUUUUUUUUGUUUUUAACAUUAAAUCGCUCGCUCGCUUUGUAAAAAAUGUUCUCUCUCUCCACACGACCUUUUUUAUUUUGUUUAAUUGUCAUUUAUUAUUUUUUUAUUAUUAUUAUAUGCUUGUAAUUAUUAUUAUAUUAUUAUAAUUUGUUACUAAAUCUAAUAAGUAUUCGAAGAAAUGAAAAUGCAAACAAACAUCGACCAGCAUUGCAAAAAAAAAAACAA